UUUGUCGUCUGUGGUCUCUGCGUCCGCUGGGUGGGUGUGUCAAUUUUAAUUUUUAACCGUACUGAAACGAUAAACAAAUACAAAAGUUUGCGAAAGAUGUGUGUGAUUCAAUAAGUUUAUGUUAUAUUAUACGCUUUUAAAUUGCAAAAUGAAAACUGUAAGGAAAUUACUGCUGCUAUCUCUUCUUUUAUCAAGUUGCAAUGCAAGUUAUUAUGGCAGUGAGACGUUAUCCAAUGGAUUAUUUGCACAACCCAAAGUGGAGGGUGUGGACAUGGUGACAUGGUGCACGACAUCUGUUCCUGAACAGAAAAAGUGUAUGAAGCUAUCACAAACAGCCGUGCAAGACAAGGGACUGUUUGGAAAAGAUUAUAUAGAGAUACAAUGUAAACGAGCAUUUGACACAGAAGAAUGUAUGACAUGGGUAGACAGAGGAGAAGCAUCGCUUCUUGCCUUGGAUGCGGGAGAGGUGUAUGUUGCUGGAAGAUUCCAUUCCCUAGUCCCAAUUAUACAGGAGUUAUAUGGAAGAGGCGAACCGUACCAGUACUCAGUGGCGGUGGUGAAGAAAGGUGGUCUGCCGGAGGUGCAACCCGGUAGGGGUCUACACGGGCUGAGAGGAGCCAAGGCCUGUUUCCCGGGAGUGGGGUCUCUGGCGGGAUGGGUCAUGCCUAUACAUGUGUUAAUGCAAGAAGGCGGUCUCAAAGUGACGGACUGCAACAACCACGUGAAGUCGGCUAUACAUUACUUCGGUGAAUCUUGCGCGCCCAACUCUCUGAAGGACAUUUACAACCCUAUUGGAGACAACCCCGAUCAGUUAUGCAAGCUGUGCGCGGGCGGCGCGGGCGUGCGCUGCACGCUGGCGGACCCGCACGCCGGCUACGAGGGCGCGCUCAAGUGUCUGCUGGCGGACGGCGCGGGCGACGUCGCCUUCGUGCGCGACACCACCAUACAGCACACGCUGCUGUCGCACAGGAUACUGGGGGGGGUGUCCGAGGAGCGCUUCGAGCUGAUAUGCCGCGACGGCUCGCGCGCGCCGGUCACCGAGUGGGAGCGCUGUAACUGGGGCAAGGUUCCCGCUGAUGCUGUGGUCACCAGCAGCGCUGCCACCGUGCUGCAGAGGAAGAAAUAUCAAAACCUACUCCUCAAACUGCUAGAGUUGUACGGUGAACCGAAUCCCCUGAACAAGAUGUCGAACCGCACUCUCGACAACCAGCCUCAGAACACUUACAACAACCCGUUCACCAGCAGCGAGCGGCCGCGGUACUACGACUCCUACAGACCAGAACAGAACGACAACAGUCGACAGUUCGACAACAAACUGGAAGGUUUGUCCCCAUACAAGCAGCGCUUGGAACCGUCGGGGCGGCCGAUAGAGUUGCCGUUCCAACUGUUCCACUCUGAUGAUACAACGGAUCUGCUGCUGCAGGAUGCAACAGUAAACUUUCGGGUGAUCAAAGAAGACCAGCAAACAGCGAGCCGCUUGCUGAACAACGAGUUCGUGGGCGCGCAAGCCGAGCGGGCGGUCGUGGGCAUCCGCGCGUGCCCCGUGCGCCGCGCCACGCUGUGCGUCACCAGCGAGCCCGAGCUGCACAAGUGUGUCAAGAUGAAGGCGGCGCUGAAGGCAGCGUUCCUGUCGCCAACGCUGGUGUGCUGGCGCGCGCACAGCGCCCGCCACUGCGAGCGCGCCAUCGCCGAGGGCACCAGCGACUUCGCGCUGUUCGACGCCGCAGACAUGCUGCACGCCGCCCACCGACACCGCCUCGUGCCCUUCAUGCAGGAGGUGUACUCCAGCGGCAACAACUGGUACUACGCGGUGGCGGUGGCCAAGGAGCAGGACCCGGACACGGAGCUGACGUACCUGCGCGGCAAGAACACGUGCCACACCGGGGUGGGCAUGGCCGCGGGGUGGGUCUACCCCCUCGCCUACCUCGUCUCCAAUGGGUGGAUUCGGUCGUACGGCUGCGACGGCGCGCACGCGGCCGCGCAGUACUUCAGCAAGGCGUGCGCGCCGGGCGCGCUCAGCAGCGAGUUCGUGGACGCGGGCACCGUGCCGCACGACAACCUCUGCCACCUGUGCCACGGCGCGUCGUUCCGCCGCUGUCGGCGCGACGCAAGCGAAGACUACUAUGGCCACGUGGGCGCCAUACGCUGCAUGGUGGAAGGCGGCGGCGAUGUGGCCUUCGUCCGCCACACCGCCCCGCACGAGGUCAGCGGUGGCCGGCGGCGCGAGUGGUGGGCGCGAGACCUGCUGCCGGACGACCUGCAGCUGCUGUGUCCGGACGGCACGCGCGCCAAGAUGCACGAGUACGCGCACUGCAACCUCGGGCGCGUGCCCGGCGCCGUGCUCAUGGGGCGCGCCAACCACACCGAGCUAGACACCAUCUCCAACCUCAUGGUGUACGCGCAGCAGUUCUACGGCGCCACUACCGCGGACGAGUUCAGCUUCAGCAUGUUUUUAUCUCAAGCACCGUACGCGGAUCUAAUCUUCAGCGAUGCGGCGGUCCGCCUAAAGCCGCUGCCACACAACAAGCGAUCCGCGGAACUGGUAGCGGGGAAAUCGCUCAUCCGCGCGGCGAGAAUAGUGUCGUGUGACGCGCCUCAAGCUUCGUACUACAUCGCUUCGGACCCCGACUUUUUGUCUGAAGGCUAUACAAAUGGUGUCGUUGGUCAUAUGAUUGCUAUUGCGUUGUUUAUGUUGGCAUUGCUACGAUAAGUAAUGUAUUGAUAUUGACAGUUGAUGUACCUCAAUUAUUUGCACAUAAAUUGAAAUAAUAGAGUCGGAGUACACCAACUCAUGACUAAGGGCCUCGUAUGGGUUCGAAACUAGUCGGGUAUACUACGACCUUUUAUCAAGUGAGUUUUAGCCGUGUUUCAUAAUCAAUUCAUACAAUACUACUCGGUAACUUACCAAUGUGAAACUGAAGUAGCAUUAGUUUAGACUUUAUAUGUAAACGGAACUGAUAAAAUGCUGUUACGGUAUUUAAACUAUAAAUAAUAUAACGGAAUCUCAUCCACAAUAAUUAUGUACUUUAGAUUAAGUUAGAGUUUAAUUUAUGAAAUAAAAUAUGACUCCGUCCAACAAUGUCCGUCCAAAAGUAGGAAUUAAAUAAAAUGGAAAAUAAACUCGCUGUGUGGCUACACCACAGUUACUGUCAUUAUAGAGCAACCAGUUAUUGUUGAUAGUUUUAUCAAAUUAUUAAAAUCAUUACCAAACAUAUUACAUUAAAUAUCAUUUGUUUACAUGAGAUUUACUCUUUUCUUUUAAACUUAAUAAAUGUUUAUUAUGAAAUCUUAGUAUUUUCUAAAUAUAUUUCUUUUUAUAACUAACAACAACUAACAAAAUAUCAAUUAUUAUUUUAUUAUCAAGUAUCAAGGUAGUCGCAGUAAUAGAUGACAGAACACACGGUCACCAUGAGAACGACAAGUGACAACAGCGCCCUCAUUUGUUUUCUACUCUUUUGUCUCGCAGUAAAGUUAAAAUAAAGUUGAAUACCUUUCA